AGGCCGAGGGAAGGGGCGGGGGAGAGGAGCAGGGAAAGGCGGCGGGGGGAAUCUCGCGAGGGUUGGAGUUUUGGCGAGAGUUUGUGGAAGAUGGCGCCUGUUGUGACAGGGAAGUUUGGUGAGCGGCCUCCACCUAAGCGACUCACUAGAGAAGCUAUGCGAAAUUAUUUAAAAGAACGAGGGGAUCAAACAGUACUCAUUCUUCACGCAAAAGUUGCGCAGAAGUCGUAUGGAAAUGAAAAACGAUUUUUUUGUCCUCCUCCUUGUGUGUAUCUUAUGGGCAGUGGUUGGAAGAAAAAAAAAGAACAAAUGGAAAGAGAUGGUUGUUCGGAACAAGAGUCACAACCCUGUGCAUUUAUUGGAAUAGGAAAUAGUGACCAAGAAAUGCAGCAGCUGAAUUUGGAAGGGAAGAACUACUGCACAGCUAAAACAUUGUACAUAUCUGAUUCAGACAAGAGAAAGCAUUUCAUGUUGUCUGUAAAAAUGUUCUAUGGCAACAGUGAUGACAUUGGUGUGUUCCUCAGCAAGCGGAUAAAAGUCAUUUCCAAACCUUCCAAAAAGAAGCAGUCAUUGAAAAAUGCUGACUUGUGCAUUGCCUCAGGAACAAAGGUGGCUUUGUUUAAUCGGCUUAGAUCCCAGACAGUUAGUACCAGAUACCUGCAUGUAGAAGGAGGAAACUUCCAUGCUAGUUCACAACAGUGGGGAGCAUUUUAUAUUCAUCUCUUGGAUGACGAUGAAUCAGAAGGAGAGGAGUUCACAGUCCGAGAUGGUUACAUCCACUAUGGACAGACUGUCAAACUUGUGUGCUCAGUUACUGGCAUGGCACUCCCAAGAUUGAUAAUUAGAAAAGUUGAUAAGCAGACAGCAUUACUGGAUGCAGAUGACCCCGUAUCACAACUCCACAAAUGUGCAUUUUACCUUAAGGAUACUGAAAGAAUGUACUUGUGCCUUUCUCAAGAAAGAAUAAUCCAAUUUCAGGCCACUCCAUGUCCGAAAGAACCAAAUAAAGAAAUGAUAAAUGAUGGAGCUUCCUGGACAAUCAUUAGCACAGAUAAGGCAGAGUAUACAUUCUAUGAGGGAAUGGGCCCUGUCCUUGCCCCAGUCACUCCUGUGCCUGUCGUAGAAAGUCUUCAGUUGAAUGGCGGCGGGGACGUAGCAAUGCUUGAACUUACAGGACAGAAUUUUACUCCAAAUUUACGAGUAUGGUUUGGGGAUGUAGAAGCCGAAACAAUGUACAGAUGUGGAGAGAGCAUGCUCUGUGUGGUCCCAGACAUUUCUGCAUUCCGAGAAGGUUGGAGAUGGGUCCGGCAGCCAGUCCAGGUUCCAGUAACUUUGGUCCGUAAUGAUGGAAUCAUUUAUUCUACCAGCCUUACCUUUACCUACACACCAGAACCAGGGCCGAGGCCACACUGCAGCGCAGCAGGAGCGAUCCUCAGAGCCAACUCAAGCCAAGUGCCCACCAACGAGUCAAACACAAACAGCGAGGGAAGUUACACAAACGCCAGCACAAAUUCUACCAGUGUCACAUCGUCCACAGCAACCGUGGUGUCCUAACCACCGUCUUUUUGCUAGGACUUAAACUGACUUGAAUGUGGCAAAAAGUUGAAAAAACAAAAAAAGGAAAGAAAGAAGAAAGAAAGGCAAGGAUAAAAUGAACAAUCUUUUGUGGGUUCUUGGGAAAACUUUUCAUACCAGGUGAUCUAUUCAAAACCCCAUUACCUGCAAGUGCUGAUGUGAAACGCAGAAGCCACAGUAAAACGGAAACCAUCAAAAUGUACAAACUGUUGGAAAUCACGGUUUUCAGCUGUCUCUCUCUCACACACACCCCUUUUUGGUUGGUUUUUGAUUGGUUUUGAUUAAAUGGUCAAGAAAUAGAUAUGUGGCUGGAGUACAGGUUAAGCUAGAAGACACAAAUCUUAACGUAGUUUUUAUGGACCAAGGGACUUGCAUAAGCUUUAGUAAAAGGUACAUUUUCACCAUGCCUUUUUUAUAUCACAGUAUGUAGUACACCUUAUUACCAGUAGGUUGCACUCUCCACCCUUUUGAGCUUUGGCUCUAAAGUACAUUCAGGUUCAAGCCUGACCAUGCUUGUUCAAUCUGAGUACCGAACACUUCCAGGUUCUUUUGGUCUAAGGCUGGAACUUUUUUAAGCUGAAGUCUUAUGACUUUUUCAUAAGUUGGAAUUAUUUUGAUUUCAGCAAAUCAAAUUUUGUAAAGGCCUGCAUAUUUUUUUUAAGAUUAUAUGAAGUCUGUGCAAAAGCUUUAAAAAAUGCCUCUGCCUUGCCUGCAAUACAUGCAAUGUAUGUUAACUUAGUCUAUUCUCAGAUACUGUUGGUAGUUAUUUCUGUUUUCCUUUUUUUAAAAAAAAAUGUAUUUAUAGUGGUAAUCCAAGAGAUUCUAACAUUGACGUGGAGUUCAGUGUGACCAUUUAGUCAUUUCUGAGUUAAUGGCACAGAACAUCACCAUUUGAAGGGUUUGCGCCUCUUUGCCUGUUCAUCAGUUUAUCUGUGUUCCAGGGUUUGUUCAGGUUUCCUUCCUUUCCCAAAUCUUGUACAUAACUUGUAUUAUGUGUAAGUUAAACAUUUUAUCUUUAACUUGGAAUGUUCCCAGUGCUUACAUUUAACAGGGUGUUUCCCACCUUGUUGGCAAAUGACAAAAAAUAUCAUGAGAAUUAUUUGCUGCCAAGAUGGUGCCCUUAGGGUAAAAUGAGGAAAGUCUCUGCAAGAUGAUCUAUUGUACUUCAUUUUCCUUUUUUUAGCCUAGGCCAGAACUUCAUAAUUCUGAACAUAAGAUCAUAAAAUGGCUUUUAUUAGAUGAUAACUAAAUAAACUGAACUAAAUAAAAUAGCCAGAAGACAGUACCUUAGAAACAGAUAGUUGUAAGUUUAUAAAAAUACAAAUGUAACUUAUAUUUUCAUUUCCCAUUUUGCCCUUUGUUUAUUUUUCCCUAGUAGAAAUGUUCUGUCCAAUUUUUAUUCUUUUCUGUUAAACUUUGAUUGCAUUCAGGCUUGUGUGUCAGCCUCCUGUGCUAAUAUUGCCUGUUUUAUUUUGCUUCCAUUCCUGCUCUUUGGUGAUGCCUUGUUCAGUUUCUUGGGAAUUGCAGCAGACUCAUUGGGCUACAUUUAGUACAGGAACCACACAUGUGUGUUAAAGGACACAGUCUAGUGAUGCCAUUCUCUUUUGUAGAGUAAAAACUACCUCUAGAUUGUGGUAAGCUUUUACUGUCCCUUAAAACAGGAGCCACAAGUACCUUCUGAUGCAAACUGUAACUUCUCCAGCAUUUUUGGUGUCUUUCUGACUCCCUGGACUUCUGAAAGUUUUCAUGUAGACUUGUUAAGAAUCCUUUGUCAGAGCCUUGUUUCCAUCUCUGCUGCUUUGUUACCCACUGUUUCCUGAAGACUGCUACUGUAAAUGCCACUCUGAACAUCUUUAAGCUGCCUCCUCCUUGGUUUUUCAAGGGGAAGGCCAUCUGUAAAAUGUGCUGGUUAAAUCUGUGGCUGCGGCUCUCUGUUACUGCCAGCCUUCUUAAUCACCCCCAGGCUGUGCCCUGCUCACCAUUUCUCUUCAGAUCUGCUCCAGCCAGUGUCCUCCCUUCCUUAUACCUUCAUUCUGCCUCAGUGGUCAAGGGCAGAGCUCGCUGUGGCCUUACCUCUGCAGUAACUCUCUCAUCUUCCUCCAAGCACCACUCCUCGCUUGCGGUGGAAGCAGCACCUCAGGCUGUUCAGAGCUUGAGCGGUCUCCGUGCCGCUGUGCUGUCCCAGGUCACACAUCUCUCCUCCUGGAUUUGGGGUUUAGUUAAGAAAGCAUUAAGUUAACUGAGAGCAGAUGAGAUGCUUUUGAAGAACAAACUAUUCCUUACCCAGGUUUGUAGCUUACAGUAACUGUUCAAGUUCAUGGCUUUAUUAAAAUGAACUUUGACUUUUUUAAAUGUUUAUAUCUUAUUUCGGUUCUUUUGUUUUAUUUUGAUAAGAAUUGAAAUAACUAGACUAUAAGUCAUUUUCCGGUUUUCUUUUUUUACAAAGUCCAAGAAUGUAACAAUAAAGGCAUCUUUCCUAUGGUUCUAUGCCAGAGUCCUACCACAGAAUAGAGUGAACUGAUGUCUGUUUUACCAUGUUAUUGAUAGUUCUUUUGUCAGCUGCUUUCAUUAAAAGUCAUUUUUGUGGAUUUGUAAAUCAUUUUUAAUACAUGAUGUAUAGGAGUCUUGCCCCCCCCACCCCCAUUUACUCGGAAUGUUUCCUCCCAGAUGAUGCUGUUACAGAUGCUGGGUAUUUGCCCUCAUGAAGACGUCUUAGAAUGGGAUUUCUUCAGUUGCAGUGUUGGUUUGUGUUUCCAUUCUGUUUAGAAUGAGUCUGCACAGCUUCUCCAAACAUGCCUAGGUGCAGAACCUGAGACCCAGCAUAUCUUUUAGCUCCUUAAAUUUGUCAAGAGAUUGGGAGGUAGGCUAAAAACUGAAAGUAUGGGACAGGGGAUGCCCUUUAUAUGAUUGUAGAGCUGAGCACAGUGGGAUUUUGAGCGGACUGCUCUUAAACCAUCGCAGCUUCCUCGUGCUCAGCUGACUAGUGGGGUCAUCUGUCACUCUUGCUGCUGUCUUUUACCGUUCUGUACCUUUCUGUUUUGUGUGGUACUGGGGUCAAAUCCCAGGCCUCAAGCAUAGUUGCUAAGGCUUUUUUGUUUGUUUUUUCCAUGAGACAAGGAUCUCACCCAUGCCCCUCAGGGCAUUCUUGAACUUUCCUGCCUUAGUGUCUAGGUGCUGGGAUGCCAGGUAUGGCAGGAUGCCACCACUGCUUUUGUCUUGAGAGAAACUAACUGGUCUAUCUGUCCAACCACAAAGAAAUUCUAAUGUGAUUUUUAUUACCCCAACUAGUUAUUUAAUCAGAAAAUCUGUUGGCGGGGAUUCCUAUUUGAAAGAAAAUGCUAUUUGAUUAUUAACCAGGUGGACAUUGUUUUCCAAAGCAGCUGUGUUUCUGGUGAGUACUGAACAAAUGUGUGGUUUUCUGUGUCACUUUGGUUUUAUUUUUCAAGCACUGUAUCUUGGGAUGGAUGGUUAGAAACAAUAAUAUAUGAGGGUUUCUACUUAACCCAUUCAGGACUGAGCUGUGUCACCUGUUAAUUUCUCCCUGUGUUGUGAUGUUUGCCAGCGUUCAGUACUGUGUCAGUCCCGAUGUAGGUUUAUGUGAAAGCUCAGUUUUAGCUUAUUUCUUGUACCUUGCAGCAUGCUACACAUUCAGUCCUUAAGGGGUUUACUUUACAAACUGUGCGCCUGUAAGGGUUAUUAGCAAUAAGAUAGAAAAUUGAGCAAGUUUAUACCAUAAUUUUGUAGAAAAAGAAUCUGCUCAAUUCCAUAUUUCAUCCAUGAAAAAUCUGCAAUAGGGCAGUUUCUAGGAAUAAAUAAAAAGGAAAUGUAAACCGUU